CUCCCGCAAAAACUUUUGACAGUAAGGUCUCUCAAACAGCACCAGCACCAGCGCCAACAUAGCAGGAACUUCUUCUUCGUCGUUGUCGUCCUAGCUGCCUCUCUUUCUCUUCUUUUUCCAUUAUUUCAGCUCAUGAACCCUAAAUUAAGAUCUCCAAUUUUUUCUUCUUAAUUCUUAUUCUACUCUAAAUUACUGUUAUUGUUAUUAUUAUUUUCAUGUCAAUUGGAUUUCAUAAUUUCUCCAGCGAUCCAUCCAAUCAGAGUGGCGAAUCGGUAAUCACAGCCGAAAACUGGGUGCGAAUCAGUCUCGGUCUCACCCCCAACCCGGCGUGGGACUUUGGUUCUUUAGCCGCUCCAACAAUGCCCCUCGCACCCAUACCCUUCACUACCUAGAACAACAGCAACACCACCACAAUCUACAAUCUGUGACCUAUCACGCACCUGAUCACUCUCGCCCUUCUUCAAUGGAACCAUCUAAUUCUUCUACUCUUCCUCCUUCUAGUGCUUCUUCCAAUUCGGCCCCUCCUCUUCAGGAAGAGCCUGAGUACCUUGCCCGUUACCUCGUCGUUAAGCACUCAUGGCGAGGUAGGUAUAAGAGGAUUUUGUGUAUAUCUAAUGUUUCGAUUAUUACUUUGGACCCUAAUACGCUCUCGGUUACUAACUCUUAUGAUGUGGGGAGUGAUUUUGACGGCGCGUCUCCGAUUAUUGGACGCGAUGAGAAUUCGAAUGAGUUUAAUUUGAGUGUGAGGACUGACGGGAAAGGUAAAUUUAAAGGGAUGAAGUUUUCGUCGAGGUAUAGGGCUAGUAUUUUGACUGAGUUGUAUAGAAUUCGGUGGAAUAGACUUAGUGCUGUGGCGGAGUUCCCUGUUCUUCAUCUGAAGCGAAAAAAUGGCAAUUGGGUUCCUUUUAAAUUGAAAGUUACUCACAUUGGGGUUGAAUUGAUUGACUUAAAGUCUGGGGAUCUACGCUGGUGCUUGGAUUUUAGAGAUAUGAAUUCCCCUGCCAUUAUUGCCCUUUCCGAUGUUUAUGGAAAGAAAGCAAGUGAUUGUGGAGGUUUUGUUCUUUGCCCUUUAUAUGGAAGGAAGUCUAAAGCUUUUCAAGCUGCUUCAGGAACCACUAACUCUGCAAUUAUCUCAAACUUGACUAAAACUGCCAAGUCAACAGUUGGGAUAAUACUAUCUGUGGACAAUUCUCAAACCCUUACUGUGUUGGAGUAUAUCAAGCAAAGGGUGAAGGAAGCAGUUGGAGCAGAGGAAACCCCUUGCGGGGGUUGGUCUGUAACAAGGUUACGUUCUGCUGCUCAUGGAACUCUAAAUGUUCCUGGAUUGAGUUUGGGAGUUGGCCCAAAAGGUGGACUUGGAGAGCAUGGUGAUGCUGUAUCUCGUCAACUCAUUCUAACAAAGGUUUCGAUUGUUGAAAGGCGGCCAGAAAACUAUGAAGCUGUUAUUGUCCGUCCUUUAUCUGCAGUAAGCUCGCUUGUUCGAUUUGCUGAGGAGCCCCAAAUGUUUGCUAUUGAGUUCAAUGAUGGUUGUCCUAUCCAUGUUUAUGCAAGCACGUCUCGUGAUAGUUUACUCGCAGCAGUUCGAGAUGUGUUGCAAACAGAAGGUCAAUGCCCAGUACCUAUAUUACCAAGGCUGACAAUGCCUGGUCAUCGUAUUGAUCCACCUUGUGGGAGAGUUCAUUUAUUGGUCGGAUCACAGCGCCCUAUUGCCGACAUGGAAAGUGCAUCCAUGCAUUUGAAACAUUUAGCUGCUGCUGCUAAAGAUGCUGUUGCUGAGGGUGGUUCAAUCCCUGGUUCAAGAGCUAAAUUGUGGCGUAGAAUAAGGGAAUUCAAUGCUUGUGUUCCAUAUACGGGAGUUCCUCAUAAUAUUGAAGUGCCUGAGGUAACUUUGAUGGCCUUGAUCACAAUGCUUCCAGCUACACCAAAUCUUCCUCCAGAGUCUCCUCCUCUGCCACCUCCUUCGCCUAAAGCAGCUGCAACAGUUAUGGGUUUUAUUGCUUGUUUACGUAGAUUAUUGGCUUCAAGGACUGCAGCUUCACAUGUGAUGUCUUUUCCUGCUGCUGUUGGAAGAAUUAUGGGUCUACUUAGGAAUGGUUCUGAAGGUGUAGCUGCUGAAGCGGCAGGGCUUGUUGCAGCUCUUAUUGGUGGUGGUCCUAUGGAUCCAAGUUUGUUAACAGAUACCAAGGGAGAGAGGCAUGCCACAAUAAUGCACACAAAGUCCGUUUUGUUCGCUCAUAAUGGUUAUAUUAUUAUCCUUGCAAACAGGUUGAAACCUAUGUCUGUAUCACCCUUAUUGUCAAUGGCUGUUGUUGAAGUUCUUGAGGCUAUGAUAUGUGAACCACAUGGUGAAACUACCCAGUACACUGUUUUUGUUGAAUUGUUAAGGCAAGUGGCUGGUUUGCGGCGGCGGUUAUUUGCAUUGUUUGCGCAUCCUGCUGAAAGUGUAAGGGAAACGGUUGCCGUGAUCAUGCGUACUAUUGCAGAAGAAGAUGCAAUUGCGGCAGAAUCUAUGCGUGAUGCUGCUCUGCGUGAUGGUGCUUUGCUGAGGCAUUUAUUGCAUGCUUUUUACCUUCCUGCCGGUGAGCGACGUGAUGUUAGCCGACAACUUGUUGCUCUUUGGGCCGAUUCCUAUCAACCAGCUUUAGAUCUGUUGUCUCGGGUUCUGCCUCCUGGGCUUGUUGCUUAUUUGCGCACACGUUCUGACGGAGUCCAAUUAGAUGAUGCAAAUCAAGAAGGAUCGUUGGUUAGUAGGAGACAGAGACGUUUACUUCAACAGCGGAGAGGCCGUGCAGGUAGAGGAAUUACUGCUCAAGAACAUCCCAUACCUAACGUUAGUAAUUAUGAAGUUGGUGAUCCAGUAAGGCAGCCAAAUUCUGCUGGUUUUAAAGGAUUAGAUAGCUAUCAAAAAUCUGUAGUGGAUCUCAAUUCUGGACAACCUUCUACUAUUCACACGGUUGAAAACUUGACCAGUGAUAUUCCUUCGCACAGUGACAAUUUGCUUCCUUCAGCUGAUACAUCUUCAACCAAUAUAAAUGAAAAGGCAGAACCAAGUGCUUCUAAUUCAGUUGAAUCUGAUGUUAAUGCGGCUGGUCUCCAGAACACAGGCCUCCCAGCCCCUGCACAGGUGGUUGUGGAGAAUACACCAGUGGGUUCUGGUCGGCUACUUUGUAAUUGGCAUGAAUUUUGGCGAGCAUUCAGCCUUGACCACAAUCGUGCAGAUCUAAUCUGGAAUGAGCGCACAAGGCAAGAAUUGAGGGAGGCUUUGCAGGCUGAGGUUCAUAAACUAGAUGUUGAGAAGGAACGUAGUGAAGACAUUGUUCCUGGAGUGGCUACAGUUGAGACACUGACUGGGCAAGAUAGUGUGCCACAGAUAUCUUGGAACUAUUCUGAGUUCUCUGUCAGUUAUCCUAGCUUGUCCAAAGAAGUAUGUGUGGGGCAAUAUUAUCUGCGUCUGCUACUUGAUAGUGGCAGCAGUGGUAGAGCACAAGAUUUUCCACUGCGUGAUCCUGUAGCUUUCUUUAGGGCACUCUAUCAUCGGUUUUUAUGUGAUGCAGAUACAGGGCUUACUGUGGAUGGUGCCGUUCCUGAUGAAUUGGGUGCAUCUGAUGAUUGGUGUGAUAUGGGAAGAUUAGAUGGUUUUGGGGGAGGGGGAGGCUCUUCAGUAAGGGAGCUUUGUGCCAGAGCAAUGGCCAUUGUCUAUGAACAACACUUCAGUACAAUUGGUCCUUUUGAGGGUGCUGCACAUAUUACAGUUCUUUUAGAUAGGACAGAUGACAGAGCUUUGAGGCAUCGUCUUCUCCUCCUUUUGAAGGUUUUAAUGAAGGUUCUAUCUAAUGUUGAGGCAUGUGUUUUGGUUGGAGGGUGCGUAUUGGCGGUUGAUUUGCUGACAGUGGUUCAUGAAGCUUCAGAAAGGACUGUUAUUCCUUUACAGUCUAAUUUGUUAGCUGCCACUGCUUUUAUGGAACCACUUAAAGAGUGGAUGCUUCUUGGCAAGGAUGGUGCACAAAUUGGACCAGUCGAGAAGGACGCUAUCAGAAGGUUUUGGUCAAAGAAAGAAAUUGACUGGACAACAAAGUGCUGGGCAUCUGGGAUGGUGGAGUGGAAGAGAUUGCGUGAUAUUCGUGAACUUCGCUGGGCAUUGGCCAUUCGUGUUCCAGUCCUCACGUCAUCUCAGGUAGGGGAUGCAGCAUUGUCCAUAUUACAUAGCAUGGUAUCUGCACAUUCAGACUUAGAUGAUGCUGGAGAGAUAGUUACCCCAACACCAAGGGUAAAACGUAUAUUGUCAAGUCCGCGUUGCCUUCCACAUAUUGCUCAGGCUAUGCUUUCUGGGGAACCAAAUAUAGUGGAGGCUGCUGCAGCACUGCUGAAGGCUGUUGUUACCAGAAAUCCUAAGGCUAUGGUGCGCCUUUACAGCACAGGUGCAUUCUACUUUGCACUUGCAUACCCUGGAUCCAAUCUCCACUCCAUUGCACAACUGUUUUCUGUGACUCAUGUCCAUCAAGCAUUCCAUGGUGGUGAAGAAGCUGCUCUUUCCUCGUCAUUGCCCCUUGCAAAACGCAGUGUGUUGGGUGGCCUUCUCCCUGAAUCCUUGCUGUAUGUACUCGAGCGUAGUGGUCCAGCUGCAUUUGCAGCUGCAAUGGUUUCAGAUUCUGAUACUCCAGAGAUUAUAUGGACACACAAAAUGCGGGCAGAACAUCUUAUUCGUCAGCAGGUUUUACAGCAUCUGGGCGAUUUUCCCCAGAAAUUGUCACAGCACUGUCAUUCUUUAUAUGACUAUGCCCCCAUGCCGCCAGUGACAUACCCAGAAUUAAGAGAUGAAAUGUGGUGUCACCGUUAUUAUCUUCGGAACUUAUGUGAUGAGAUUCGCUUUCCCAAUUGGCCAAUUGUUGAACAUGUUGAGUUUCUGCAAUCAUUAUUGGUAAUGUGGCGUGAAGAGUUAACACGAAGACCUAUGGAUCUUUCUGAAGAAGAAGCUUGCAGAAUAUUAGAGAUAUCACUGGAAGAUGUCUCAAGUGAUGAUGCCAAAAAGAAAUAUUCUUUUGAGACUUCUGAGGAGAUAACUACCAUAUCGAAGCAGAUUGAGAACAUUGAUGAAGAAAAGCUGAAGCGACAGUAUAGGAAACUUGCAAUGAAAUACCAUCCUGACAAGAACCCUGAGGGAAGGGAGAAGUUUCUUGCUGUGCAGAAAGCUUAUGAACGCCUUCAGGCUACCAUGCAAGGCUUGCAAGGUCCUCAGCCUUGGAGAUUACUGCUUUUAUUGAAAGGACAAUGCAUCUUAUACCGAAGAUAUGGAGAUGUACUGGAGCCUUUUAAAUAUGCUGGCUAUCCCAUGUUGCUUAAUGCAGUUACAGUUGACCAAGAUGACAACAAUUUUCUUUCUUCUGAUAGAGCACCUUUGCUUGUUGCAGCAUCAGAGCUUACUUGGCUGACGUGUGCAUCUUCUUCAUUAAAUGGUGAGGAGCUUGUAAGGGAUGGAGGGAUACAACUCCUUGCAAUUCUUCUUUCUCGUUGCAUGUGCAUAGUUCAGCCAACUACUUCUGCUAGUGAACCAUCCGCCAUUAUUGUUACAAAUGUGAUGCGAACCUUUUCUGUUUUGAGUCAGUUUGAGAGUGCAAGGGCUGAGAUGCUUGAAUUAUCUGGACUAGUUGAUGACAUUGUGCACUGCACUGAACUUGAGCUUGUGCCUGAUGCUGUGGAUGCUGCCCUCCAGACUAUUGCACAUGUUUCUGUGACCUCUGGCUUGCAGAACGCCUUAUUGAAGGCAGGUGUACUUUGGUAUCUUUUGCCAUUACUACUUCAGUAUGACUCAACUGCCGAGGAGUCUGAUAAGUCUGAAUCACAUGGUGUCGGUUCUAGUGUUCAAAUUGCAAAAAAUAUGCAUGCUGUUCGAGCAUCUCAGGCCUUAUCAAGACUUAGUGGUUUGUGCUCUGAUGGAAGUUCAACUCCUUAUAAUGCAGCAGCUGCUGAUGUGCUUAGAGCCUUGCUAACUCCUAAACUUGCAAGCAUGUUGAAAGAUCAUUUACCAAAGGACUUGCUAUCCAAAUUAAACACGAACUUGGAGUCUCCAGAGAUUAUCUGGAACUCUUCAACUCGAGCAGAACUACUGAAAUUUGUUGAUCAGCAGCGUGCUAGCAUGGGGCCUGAUGGUUCAUAUGACAUAACAGAUUCACAAACCUUUAAAUAUAAGGCACUAUCCAAAGAACUUUUCAUUGGCAAUGUCUACUUGAGGGUCUAUAAUGAUCAGCCAGACUUUGAGAUCAGUGAACCAGAAGGAUUCUGUGUUGCUCUAAUUGAUUUCAUAUCAUUUUUAGUGCGCAACCAAUUUGGUGCGGAAUCUGAAGAUGCUGAGAAUAAACUUAAUUCCAGCAGCUCAUCUCCUGACACAUCAGAGAUUCAAAAUAGUGAUGCUGAAGUAUCUGAAAAUGGUCAAGUGCCCCAUGAUUCAUUGGCAGUUUCAGAUGAAAAAUCAACAGAUAAAGAAGAGUUGAAACCAGUCAAAAACCUUAAACUGGGAUUGACUUCACUUAAGAACUUACUGACAAGCAGUCCAAAUCUGGCUUCCAUCUUUUCUUCUAAAGAAAAGCUACUACCUCUUUUUGAAUGUUUUUCUGUACCUGUUGCACCAGAGACCAACAUUCCUCAACUUUGCCUCGCUGUUCUUUCUCUCUUGACUACAUAUGCUCCUUGCUUGGAGGCCAUGGUUGCAGAUGGGUCAAGUCUUCUCCUUUUACUACAAAUGCUCCACUCUGCGCCAAGUUGUCGUGAAGGGGUUCUUCAUGUUCUUUAUGCUUUGGCAAGCACUCCAGAGCUUGCUUGGGCAGCUGCCAAGCACGGCGGAGUGGUGUACAUUCUGGAACUUCUCUUGCCUCUACAAAAGGAUAUUCCCUUACAGCAGAGAGCAGCAGCUGCCUCGUUAUUGGGGAAGCUUGUUGGGCAGCCAAUGCAUGGGCCCAGAGUAGCUAUAACACUAGCAAGGUUUCUUCCAGAUGGCCUGGUAUCAGUUAUUAGGGACGGCCCUGGUGAGGCUGUUGUAUCUGCACUUGAACAAACGACAGAGACACCAGAGCUUGUAUGGACCCCAGCGAUGGCAGCAUCUUUAUCUGCGCAAAUUGGUACUAUGGCAUCCGACUUGUACCGUGAGCAGAUGAAAGGUCGCAUUGUUGAUUGGGAUGUCCCUGAGCAGGCUUCUGGACAACAGGAAAUGAGAGAUGAACCACAGGUCGGUGGAAUCUAUGUGAGGCUGUUCCUUAAGGAUCCUAAAUUUCCUCUAAGAAAUCCAAAGAGAUUCUUGGAAGGGCUGUUGGAUCAAUAUUUGUCAUCUAUUGCUGCCACGCAUUAUGACACACAAGCUGUUGAUCCUGAGCUUCCUUUACUUCUUUCUGCUGCUUUAGUUUCGUUAUUGCGAGUGCACCCUGCACUUGCAGAUCAUGUUGGGUAUCUUGGGUAUGUGCCCAAACUUGUGGCUGCUGUGGCAUAUGAGGGUCGACGAGAAACAAUGGCAUCAGAGGAGGUGCAAAAUGGCAACUAUACAGAAAAAACAUACGAGUCUGAUGAUGGGUCUAUACCACCUACACAAACUCCACAGGAACGUGUGCGCCUUAGUUGUUUGCGUGUCCUGCAUCAACUUGCAGCAAGUACAAUCUGUGCUGAGGCCAUGGCAGCUACUAGUGCAGGAACACCUCAGGUUGUUCCACUUCUAAUGAAAGCUAUCGGGUGGCAAGGUGGGAGCAUACUAGCUCUUGAGACACUAAAACGUGUUGUAGUUUCUGGAAAUCGUGCACGGGAUGCAUUAGUUGCUCAAGGACUUAAGGUUGGUCUUGUUGAAGUACUUCUUGGCCUUCUUGACUGGAGGGCUGGGGGAAGGAAUGGACUGUGCUCUCAGAUGAAGUGGAAUGAAUCAGAAGCAUCAAUUGGAAGGGUGCUAGCAAUUGAGGUUUUGCACGCAUUUGCAACAGAAGGAGCACACUGUAAUAAAGUGCGUGAGAUAUUAAAUGCCUCUGAUGUUUGGGGUGCGUAUAAAGACCAGAAACAUGAUCUCUUCCUUCCUUCAAGUGCCCAAUCUGCAGCUGCGGGAGUUGCUGGUUUAAUUGAGAAUUCUUCAUCUAGACUGACUUAUGCCCUUACAGCUCCACCACCACAGCCAACUCAAGCAAGACCACCUGCACAUACCAAAUUCGACUCAAAUGGGAAGCAGGAUCAGCUUUCGUAGGAGUGGUAUUGACAAAUUAGUUUAGAAACAGCAUUACACCUCUGUAUAGCCUCUACUGUACAGCUUUGCUCCCAUUUUAUUUUAUUUUAUUUUAUUUUUAUUGGCUCUCAUACACACCCAGGGUUUGAGUUGGACAACUGAGGCAGCAUUUGCAAUUUUCGAGAAAAAUUUAAGGGGAAUUUUUUGCUUCAUGUAUAGUGUCACUGGACAUUUGUAUAUUUACUUGGCCUAUCGCCUUGGUUGCUAUUAAUAGGUGAGGUUAUUUUUGUGUGAAUUUAUCUUAAUAGCUUUCCUUUUCCUUUUUCUUUUUCGUCUUAUGCCUUUCUUGUUGGGCCUCGUUCUUCAAAUUGUACAUGUAAAUAAAAAGGCAACAAAUUGUACAUAGAAGGAUGGCAUCUGUUAAUUUUGAGGUAUUUGUUGUUUAAGUGAAACAAACAGAUUGAAGCUGAA